AUGAUGAUUUUUUUGGUCAAAAGGGGAAAAGAAAAGGACAAUCUGAAGCUUGUGGAGCUCCAUUUGACAAAAAAAAUUGGUGAAGCACCACGGGAUUCAGCUCGACGAAUGGUCGGAGAGUUGGAUGGAACUUUGAGCGAAGAGCAAUUUUUAUCAUUGGAACCUCCACCGUUGGAAGACGAAUACCUAUUUCGACUGGGACCAGAUGAAGGUUUAUCAGAUCUAUUUGAUUUUUCAUUCGAUCUCUUUGACUGCAAAAAAUAA